AUGAUUUUGUCCCGAGAAAACCAAGACUUGCGACAUAAUCUCUCAAUUGCUGAGAAGCAAUUGAAAAUUCAAAAAAUAGAAGAUGAUGCUGGCAAAAGAGAGGGGAAAAUGAGAAAAGCAACAGAAGCCCCAGCACUAGAUAGGAAAAUGAUGCACAAGUCACUUUUACGCCCUGGAGGCAUUAUGCAUGUACCACAGUUUAGGAUUGACAAGGAAGAUGUAUUCGGAACUGAAAAGGUGGUACAAACCCAUGGGAAUGCUCGAUCUGUUUCCUUCCUUGGAAGAAGGAAAAGUUGUGGUUGGCAGUUAUGGGCCAACGUGACGCCAAAGAUGCAUUUCUUACUGGAGCAUACUGUAGAGCUUGCUAUCUCGCAUAGAAGUAUUGCUAGUGAACAAAGCCUUGAAGCUAUUCAUCGAGCACUGAACCGAAUAAAGCUCCGUUAUAGCACCGUCCCACACAACACAGAACGGAACAACAGAACUCAUCUGUGA